UACCGUUUAUCUGAGAAUCUGUAAAUCAUAGAUUCUAAUCGGCUCGAUUUCCAUUUUUGAUUUUCUUCUUAACAACGCCCUGUCUUACGAUCCGCAUGAAAAUCAGGGAUGUGUUUUUUUUAUUAGUAAUUCAGAACUGCGUAAUGAGCGAGAUAGAACAUACCAGAACUUUGGGGAAAGUUCAUCACUAUAACAACAAAAAUAUUGGGUUUAUUAAUAGAUCCUCGCCUUCGGCAAAAAUGACGCCGGGACCUACUACUGCGCCUAUUAUAUUCUGCGGAUUUACAUGGACCAGUGACGUCUUACUGCGGGGCGCCAAAAGAAAUAUAGAUGACGUUUGCAUGCUAUCUAAGCCACCCACGUGAUCAAAAAAAAAGAAAUAUACGAUUUCGCUUAAUUCA